AUGACUAUUUCAAAGGACUACCAGCAAAUCUACUACGAGCGAGUCAGGAAACAGCUCAGGAUUAAUCAAGAGCAUUUGGAAUCACUGGAUUAUCCAGGAUCUAGAGUCACUUUUCCUGUCGAUUGUAAAGAGCUUCCAAAACCAGACUCCGAUCUGAAAGUAUUUUUUUUCGACAUUGAUAACUGUUUAUACAGGCGUUCCACGCGUAUCCAUGAUUUGAUGCAAGUAUCUAUCCAUGACUAUUUUAAGACGGAACUAAACUUAGACGAUGAGGCGGCGCAUAAUCUGAGACGGACCUACUAUAGGGACUACGGAUUAGCUAUCCGAGGAUUAGUUAUGUUUCAUGAUAUAAACGCCAUCGAGUACAAUAAGAUGGUUGAUGAUGCUCUACCCUUACAGGACAUUUUAAGACCAGAUUUAGCUCUUAGAAAAGUACUACAGGAUUUAAGGGCAAGUGGGAAAAUUGACAAACUCUGGCUUUUCACUAAUGCAUACAAAAACCACGGUCUUCGCUGUGUAAGGUUACUGGGCAUUGCGGAUUUAUUUGAUGGAAUUACGUACUGUGACUAUGCACAGGAAGAUAAUUUGAUCUGCAAGCCAGAUCCAAAUGCAUUUGAAAAGGCAAAAAUGGAAAGUGGUUUGGGCCAGUAUAGCAAUGCCUGGUUUGUGGAUGAUAGUGGGAACAAUAUACAGCAGGGAAUUGCACUUGGUAUGGGAAAGUGUAUUCAUUUGGUGGAAGAUGUUGUUGAUGAAAUCUUGGGCGCCAAUCCCAAGGGUUCUGCAGUUAUUAGUGAUAUAACUGAUCUUCCUAAAGCUUUCCCUGAAUUAUUUUAG